CCCCCCUCUCAACCGCUCCGCCGCAAACCGCAAUCGUCUUCCUUCUUCUGCUUCCAUCGAGCUAAACAGAAAGCUCCAGAAACACAAAAAUGGAGGCGAAAGGAAGAAACCUCAAGAUUGCAGUAGUCGCCCUCGCUUCUCUGACAGCUCUCUCCGUCUUCUUCUUUGCGCGGCACCGGAGACGCCGCCGGAACGCAAACUGCCCCCUAAGUCGAUGUUAUUUACGAGCCGAUCACCUCAAGCUGCAGUACGGAUUCAAGCGAGUUUUAGCUGACAAUUCCUACUCUCCCUUCAAGCAUCUGAACUUGAAUGGUUCUCCGGAAGAUAAGAACUGGAAUUCGCAUCCUUAUGAGGCUGAAAUCACGGGAUUGGUGGAAAGUUUUCAGCUUGAGGAGUUUCGAAAAUGUAUUGGAAUUACAGAGAAGAAUGUGGGGGGUUUGGAAGAAAUGAGUGAGUCGUAUGAGUGGGUGGAGACCGAGUCGAAGUUGAAGGAACUCGUUGAGGUUUUGAACAAAGAGAAGGUAUUUGCUGUUGAUACGGAGCAGCAUAGUUUUCGGUCUUUUCUCGGUUUUACAGCUCUAAUACAGAUUUCUACUGAGAAGGAAGAUUACUUGGUGGACACGAUUGCUCUGCAUGAUUGCAUAAGCCUUCUACGGCCGGUUUUCGCUGAUGCUAGUAUUUGUAAGGUGUUCCAUGGGGCGGAUAGUGAUGUUCUCUGGCUGCAAAGGGACUUCCAUAUUUAUGUUGUUAAUAUGUUUGAUACUGCAAAGGCUUGUGAAGUUUUGUCAAAGCCGCAGAAGUCACUGGCAUAUUUGCUUGAAUCUUACUGUGGAGUAGUCACUAACAAGUUGUUACAGCGUGAAGACUGGAGACAGCGCCCCUUGUCAAUUGAAAUGGUACAAUAUGCUCGUACAGAUGCGCACUAUCUACUCUAUAUUGCACGCAGUUUAAUUGCUGAGCUGGAAAUGCUGGAUAACGAAAACAACGGUCCCAAUGACAAAUUACAUUUUGUUCUCGAGGCUAGUCGGCGUUCAAACUCGAUAUGUUUGCAACUGUACACUAAAGAGAUAGAAGCUUCUCCUGGAGAGUCUGCUGCUUCAUCAAUUUUUAGCCGUCAUUUGAACGGCCAAGGAGGGAUUUCAUCAGUUUCUCCUGAAGUCCAGGAUGCUGUGAACAGAUUAUGUGCAUGGAGAGAUUUGAUGGCUCGUGUACACGAUGAGAGCUUAAGAUAUGUAAUAUCAGAUCAGGCUAUUGUUGCCCUUGCAGACAAAGCUCCAACGAACCCUGCAGACAUAUUAACCACCAUUGCUGAAGCUGAUUGCAAUGCAGAUUCAAGUUUUGGUUCUGGCCUCUCAUCUCCAUCCCCUGUCGUUUACAGUCAUUUGGAUGACUUUCGUCAUCUGCUCCAUAACAAAAUAGGCAACCCUGAUAAUUUAUUUUCUAAGAUUCUUCAAAACUGCCUGGGUCCAAAUGGGAGUUGCCCACUGUCCAUCUUCAAUUAUGCUUUACUGGUAGAGUGUAAUAUGAAAGUGCCACUAACUUCUAGAAAAAAUGGGUCGAGAAAUUCAAAGCAAGUUGCUCGAAAGUCGUCUCGGCAGCUAUUUGUUCAAAAAUUUUCUUGUAAAGCUCCAGUUUAUCAUAAUUGCAGGAUCUAUGCAGAUGAUGGCCGGUUGCUUUGUUACUGUGACCGCAGGAAGCUUGAAUGGUAUCUUCGGCAGGAUUUGGCAAAACUUGUUGAUGAAAAUCCACCUGCAAUUAUGCUUCUUUUUGAGCCCAAAGGCCGUCCAGAAGAUGAAGGCAAUGAUUUUUACAUUCAAAGUAAGAAAAAUAUAUGUGUUAGCUGUGGCGAAAGAAAUCAUUACUUACGCUACCGAAUAAUUCCCUCAUGCUACAGAAUGCACUUCCCUGAACAUUUGAAAAGCCACCGUUCUCAUGAUAUUGUCCUACUAUGUGUGGACUGUCAUGAAAUUGCUCAUGCCUCUGCUGAGAAGUAUAAAAAACAUAUCGCUGCAGAAUUUGGGAUUCCACUUUUUGUUCGCAGAGUGGUUGACUCAGAACAAUCUCAGGCUACAUCUGAAGCAUCUGUUCCAGAAACAACUUCUGAGGAACCAGGUGUAUCUCCUUUACAAUUGCGCAUUGCUGCUAUGGCUCUUCUGCGCCAUGGACCAAGAAUGCCAUCCAGCCGCCGUGAAGAACUGACAGAGAUAGUAAUGAGGUAUUAUGGAGGGAGGCAAAUAUCUGAGGAAGAUUUAGAAAACGCUUUGUUGGUUGGCAUGAGUCCCAACGAGAGAAGACAAUUUGAGAAGAAGAAAGGACUUUCUUUAAAGCAUUCUAAGGGGAUUAUUCAACCAGAUGCAGAGCAGGAGAGAACUACAAUUACCAUGUACACAUCUGCCAUUGUGAACGCAUCGGAAGUUGAUCCUCUACUUGAUUCAUGCACCACUGAAGCAGAAGCAUAUACCGGAACAGAAAAUGGAGAUGCUUUCAUGCUGAAGGAUGCUGAUUUGGGGACUGAAGAAGAAGCUUUUGCUGUUGUUGAAAAGAACAUGAACUCAGAUAUAAGUGGAGUUGCUGAUAGUCAGUUUAUAUCUGUUGUAAAUGCUGAUGGUGACGGUGAUGGUGAGAGAGAUACACCGAACGGAUCAGUUGAUUUUAGUCAUGCCGGAUAUGGUGCAACUUCCCACCGUAAACGUAGAUCAAAAAUGUCACUUUUAGGACAUGGUCCACAUGGCAAGCAAGUUGUGGAUCAUCUGCUAAAGGAAUAUGGUGAAGAUGGCGUUUCUCAAUUUUGUCAAAGGUGGAGACAAGUAUUCGUUGAAUCUCUUCAUCCUCGUUUUUUACCUGCCGGCUGGGAUAUAACGCACAGGGGUUGAUAAUCGGCACUGUUUUUUCCAGUGGUAGGAGGGACUUCGGCGAAUUUAGCGUCUACAAUCCUCUCAAGAAGGCUUCUGCUGCUGAAUGUUUAUGAAUCGACAGACCGGUUGCAAGACGAGCCAAAAUUAUGAGGAUUUUGUUCGUCCCUCGAUCCUCCUGUCAACCUCCAUUCCAAAAGCUGCCUUGUAACCUAUUUGUUUAUCUUCUAAUUUUUUACUUUUGGAUUACGAAUUUCGCCAUCAUUUAGCAAACAUUCGCUACAAUCUCUCUUUAGAUCGAACUCAUUGGAAUAUUUCGUA